CCCCGGGCACCUCGCACCCCCCGCACCCGGCUACAUUGUAUCCCGGCCCCCCGUACACCCCCGGGCCCCCCGCCCGCACUCAGGUUACUAUGUAUCACUUGUGGUUGUGUUUGCUCAGCUCUCCCCGGGUCUCCCAGCCCCUCCCCGCGGGGGAUCGGGAGGGAGAGAGCGAUUAGUUGGCACUGAGACUAUUUCCGAGUUGCGCGAAGUCCCCGGGUGCAGUCCUGGCUGGCUGGGUGCGGGUAUGCCCCAGGUAUGGCUGUAGCGGCGGCGGCGCCGGGCGUCCGGGCACAGAAGGGCGGCUGGCUGGAGGUGCUGGUGCGCGAGCGCUGGCAUAAAGUUUCUGCCAACUUAUGGGAGGACUGCCUGGUGCUGAGCGGCGAGGAGGAGGCCAGCAACGGCAUGACCAAUGGCUCCUACCGGGGACCCACGGAGCAGGAGCCCGGCAGCCCCCAGGGGGUCAGGUCUGCCCUCACCGAGCUGCCGGAGCAGGUGCCCGAGGCCAUCGGCAACAAGAAGAGGGCGGUGAGGGUGGUGAAGCAGGAGCUGGGGGGGCUGGGCAUCAGCAUCAAGGGGGGCAAGGAGAACAAGAUGCCUAUCCUGAUCAGCAAGAUCUUCAAGGGGCUGGCAGCGGACCAGACUCAGAGCCUGUAUGUGGGGGAUGCCAUCCUGUCUGUCAAUGGCAUGGACCUGAGAGAUGCCACCCAUGAUGAGGCUGUGCAGGCGCUGAAGAGGGCUGGCAAGGAGGUGACACUGGAGGUGAAGUACAUGCGGGAGGCUACCCCUUAUGUCAAGAAGGGAUCUCCAGUCUCAGAAAUAGGUUGGGAGACUCCUCCUCCUGAGUCGCCGCGGUUGGGGAAUUCAUCAGCGUGUCCGCCAUCACCGGUUUCUCUGCCCAUUCACGGAGACAGGAAAAGCAUCCCGCUCAAGAUGUGCUUCGUGACAAGGAGCCUGACCGUUCCCGAUCCGGAGAACAGAAACCUGGAGCUGCAUUCACCUGAUGUCAAGCACACAGUGGUGCUAAGGAGCAAAGACCCAGCUGCAGCUCAGGCCUGGUUCAGUGCCAUACACGGAGCAGUGACCGAACUGGUUUCCAAGGUGAUAACAGAGGUCAAGGAACAGCUGGGGAAAAACGGGAUCUCCGGAAGCCAAGAAAUCCGUCACAUGGGCUGGCUGGCAGAGAAGGUACUGGGAGAAAAUGAAAAACACUGGAAGCCUGUCCUGAUUGUUGUCACAGAGAAGGACCUGCUAAUGUAUGAAAGCAUGCCACGCGUGAAGGAGGCGUGGUUCAACCCUGUGCACACGUACCCCCUCAUAGCCACCAGGCUGGUCCAUUCCGGACCGGGCAAAGGCUCCUCGCUGCCGGGCACUGAGUUCUCAUUCGCCACCCGUACAGGCUCCCGGCAGGGGAUCGAGACUCAUCUGUUCAGAGUGGAAACCAACAGAGACCUCUCACUGUGGACGAGACAGAUAGUACAAGGCUGCCACAACUCGGCAGAGCUCAUUAAAGAGAUCAUCACGCCUUGUACCUACAAGAUCCAAGUGUGUCGGCUGGUGAUAAACUAUGAACAUGGAUUCUCCAUCACAACUCAGGCCCCGGAUGGUACUUUUACUAAAACAUUAGCACAAUACCCGUAUGAAAAACUAAAAAUGUCCUCCGACGAUGGAAUUAAAAUGCUGUUCUUAGACUUCGGAGGCAAAGAAGGAGACAUUCAAUUGGAUCUUCAGUGCUGCCCGAAGCCCAUCGUCUUCAUUAUCCAUUCCUUCCUCUCAGCCAAGAUUACACGACUAGGACUAGUGGCGUGAGAUUGCCUGCAGACAGCAUGCUGUAUGAGAGUUCCAUGUGGGAGAGUUAAUUCAAGGGAUUCUCGAUAAGGAGAUGACCGUACAAUAGAAUCCCUGGAAGCAAAAAUGAAGAGGGUACGAGAGAUCUGUGAUCUGAUGCACUUCACGUCCGACAGACACACAGAACUAUAAUGGUUUAUAAUAAUCACUUGGGAUGGGAAUACCCCAAUACUCAGACUCCAGGUCCGAACGCUAAUCUUUAGUUUAUGCCUUCAGUUUUAGAAUAAAGUGAUUUCAAAGUUGGAAUAAAGAAGGAAAACACACACUGCGAGCAGCCAUUAUAUGGUCUUGUCUAUGCAACAAGAACUAGUCACAUGACUAAGGCUCGAGAGAUAAAGGAUCAAUGCUGCCCACAAAAUGGCUGCCUGCACUGUGUUCAAGAGAUGAUGGGUGAUCUACCACUCCAAGUGCUUCCUGGCUAUGGCUAAGCCUGAUUUUUUUUUUUUUUUUUUGAGAAGUAAAGGGACAAUCUAUAUUUACUCAGAAUUGUUUUCUCUAUCCACCAGUGCGAUUCCUGAAUUUGCCAUGAGACAUUUAGGUUUUAACCUGAUGGCUUAUUCAAUGACAGAGCAGAUAGUACAAAUUUACACUAGACUCUAAUAAGCAGUACACUGUAGCUCAUUAUUUCAGAAUGGCUUCUAUGGGGAACAGAAAAGCAGUUUCCUCAGUAUGAAAGAGCAGAAGAUACAGAGUGAGGUGGCCAUUUUGUCAGCUGAACCAAUUUUCAUUCAAUAGGAACUAGAGGCUGAACUGAGGUAGACUACUUCGUGACUAGCAUUCAUUACAUAACAAAUCCUUCUGAAUUAACUGUCGUGACUAUUAUCUCUUCUCAAAGCUGGCCAUCUCCACUUUGUGUAGGUGACAACUGAUCCUCUGGUGAGGAGCCAACUCUCCCCAUUGAUGAUACGGAUGUUCCUGAAACAGGGGAAAAAUAUAUAAAAUGUAAAAGAAAUUAACACACCUAUGGUAAUCUGGUGAUUUUUAGAAUUUUCUGAAAGGCAAAAUGUAGGGGGGGAAAAAAAGUUCUAUAAUUUGUACAGUUUGAUAGGCAAUAUCCAAUUAGCUGCAGUAAUUUACCAUAGCUAAUGGAUUCUGCUGGGGCUAUCCAAUUAGGAUCAGGAGCUUAUCCCUUAUCCCAUGUGUUAUCGCACAUGUAUCCUUUUUCGGCCGAUAAAAACAACCUAUCAUUGGAUAGCACGAUAUUGAUCAUCUGUCAAAAAAUGAGCUAUCAGGCAUUUUUAUCGGCCGAAAAGGAUCGCACCUAAUAGGAUACUGACCAAAGUUUAAAAGUCCUUGCUUUUUUGCCCCUAAAGCAAAAAAAAUAAUAGAAUACAGCCUAUUCAUUAAAAAGGAAAUAGUGACAUCACUGUUGAGUGAUGUCAACGGUGUCUAGUUAACUGCGUCAGUACACAAAAUGGCUGUCCCACCAUGAUCAGCAGGGAACGCCAGCUAUUGAUUUUUCUAUUAAACCUUGCAGUCUUAACACUACCAGUGCAGAUAAAAAUGUAAUAUUUAAUAUUUUUAAUUGUUUCCACAAUAAUUUUUUCAUUGCUCUGACAUGAAAAUUAUUUCAUAAAGAAAAUAAAUUGAGGGUUCGGUUUGUCUUAAAGGAGGAUAACGCAACAGUUUUUUCUUUUUUCUUUUUUAAAGCCAGCUUUUAUUUUUGUUAUUAACAAUACUCACUGGAAUCUUAUCAGGCCACAUCUAGGCCCUCAUAAAAUAUUGGUACUUUUAAUUCAUUAAGUGAGAAAGGAGAGUAAUAAUUAUUUUAGUAUAUUUUAAUCCUUUAAAUAUUUUUUUUUUAUUGGAUUAUGAAAUUAUAAAUUUUAUUGGUAAAACACUUUCUUCCUGACAAUUAUUGUAAAUAAUAAAUAAAAAAGAUUAAACAUU